CCGGAUUGAGAAUGAGAUAUUGAUUCGAUUCUGGGGGCGUCAGUUGUCCGAGAGAUGUGUUUCUGAUCGGUCAGAAUUCCGAGUUCCAUUAUCUGAUCCUAAUCUCAACAAUUGCAAUCAUGCUUUUGGAAAAAUACUAUCUAUUAUAUUAUUCCCUGCUUAUCUCCUGUUUUUCAUCUCAAGCUGAUAAAAAAUUGGGGGAUCCCUGCCAGGUGACGGAUAAGCUUCCGGGUAUUUGUCGCAGUUCCGAAGAAUGUGAGCCUGUCAUCGAUCCUUAUAUCAAGUCGGGGGUCCUGACACUCAACGAAGUGCCCUCCUGCGGCCUCACGCCCUGGGGAGAAGUAUUUUGUUGUCCCGCCAUUCCAUGUUGUCCUUCAAAUGGAACUUCCCUCAGAGCACCACCACCCAGUACCAGUACCAGUACCAGUAGGCGCCCUCCCAUCUCCGUCCGUCCCAGUGCCAUUUCCCGGGUGGAUGUCCCAACCUCGGAACGUCCCUCGGUCACCUUCUGCAAAAGACUCCGGACCAAGGUCCGUCAGAAUCAACUAACCAUCCACAUUGUGGGCGGAGUGGCGGUGGAACCGGGUAUAUAUCCUCACAUGGCCGCCAUCGCCUACACCAACUUCGGUAACUUUGACUAUCGGUGUGGCGGGUCCUUGAUCAGUAGCCGUUUCGUCCUUACCGCCGCCCACUGCGUGAACACGGAGGCCAACACUCCGGCUUUUGUUCGACUCGGUUCCGUGAACAUCGAGAAUCCGGACAAAAAUAAUAGGGACAUCAGUGUGAAAAGCGUUAAAAUUCAUCCAGACUAUGUGGGUGGGAAGUACAAUGAUAUUGCCGUCAUGGAGCUGUCCCAGGAUGUGGAGGAGACGAAUAAUAUACGACCAGCUUGUCUCCACACAGAUCCCCGUGAUCCUCCACUGGAUUCGAAGCUCUUUGUGGCCGGCUGGGGUAUCAUAAACAGUACAACUCGUGCCACAUCGAAGGUGCUGUUGAGGGCCGACCUGGAAGUGGUUCCCCUGCCGCAGUGCAACAUCUCCUUUGCGGCCCAACCCGCCUCGAUCAAGGCUUUGAAACUGGGCAUCAUAGACACCCUCAUCUGUGCCAUGGCGAUGCACAAGGAUGCCUGCCUGGGCGACUCCGGUGGCCCCCUCAUCCACGAGGUCAACAUUGAGGACGGCAUCUAUUCGAUCUUGGGCGUAAUAUCCUCCGGGUUUGGAUGUGCCACCAGUACCCCCGGACUGUACCAACGGGUGGCCAACUAUCUGGACUUUAUCGAGGGCAUAGUGUGGCCAGAUAAUCGGGUUUAGAGAAAUCCUUUCCAGAAGGAGCUAGUGCAACCAAAAAAAAAUACUCUAUUGGCUAAAAUAUAAUUUUAAUUUUUAUUUGCAAUUUUUUUGUAUAAAAAUCUGUGAUUUCAACUUCAAGUUACAAGGUUGGUUGCUUCAAAAAAAAAAAAAAUGAGAAAAAAUAAAUACUCAUUUUGAAAAAUAAAAUAUUAUUAAUUAUAGGGUA